GUAUAUUGUAACUGUUUUUUUGCCUAUGCGUAUGUCAACGAAGAGGGAGGCGAGCUGGAAAUGUCUGAAAACUUGAUUUAUGGUGUGUAGCAUAGUUGGAGCGUCAGUUUUUGUUCCUACAAUGUUCAGUCUUGGUGUAGUCGGAUCAGUUAUAAGAGGAAAUAACCAUUCAAAAGCUGUGCUUCUGUCAGCUUUCAUGGCUGUGUUGACCUUUGCAGAAGUAGUUGUGGCAAUCAUUGCCGCUUCAUUCUGUUGUUGCUGCUCCGCAUUGAGGACUUCAAACCAGCAGGAAGUUGUUAUAAUGCAAAGUACACAACCUGGAAUGUUUCUUAACCCACCACAGACUCAGAUUCCUAUCGCAAACAGCCACCAGGUCAUGAUAGCUACUGGACAACAAGCUAACGCAAUCGUUCAAUAUCCUGCAGCGCAACACUAUCAUGUUAUGCCUACUAAUCAACCGUCAGCUUAACAGAGUCCGGCAGUUGGUGGUACACAACUAGAAGUGAACCAUGGACAAGUGUUUGAUACUAAUCCACCUGCUUACAAAGAAUAACAAUCUCUUACAUGCGAUUGUGUUCGUUGUAAAAAUCAAAAGACUUUUAAUCUUAAUUUAUACAUUACUAACACUUGUGAUAUAACAGAACAUGAUUAUAUAAGAAUACGUGCUUAGAAAUACGAUUGUUUUUUUACCCUAAUAUUUUUUUUCUAAUAUGAAAACAUAAGGUUUUACUUUUACAGACGAUUAGAAACUGAUAAAAAGUGUUCUUUUUUCGAUAAAAAUGUUAAAAUAUGGGAGACAAUAAUUGCCUUCCAGUUUGGAAAUGAAUCUCUGAAAAAGAAAAAAAUAUGAAUAUCAUAUUAUACAAUUUCUCUUUUUAUAUUUCUGUAAUAUUUCACUGAAAACAUGAUCAGAAUUAGAAAUGUUUAAUCUCUUUCAACCUAAUUAUACUUGUAUAUGAUUGUAAAAAUACAAACAGGUCUAUAUUAAUCACCUCCCACUGUCUACAUACCUAAUUUGAAGAGAUACAACAACUGAAACCUUUUUUCAGUUAAUUUGAAAAUUAUAUUUGUGUAUAAUAUAAGUAUUUGAAAGUAACCCGGAUUUGUUUUUGUCUCGAUCGAUUAAUGUCUUUCGAACUGUGGUAUACUAAUAUUGCCUUUAUUUGAUUAAUAUAUCAAUAAGCAAUGUAAUAGGUCCUAGUUAUAUAUAUUUUAAAAAUCUAAAGAAUAAUAAUCAAUAUCGCAUCUGUAACAUUUGGAGCAGGAUCUGCUUACUCUUCCGAAGCACCUGAGAUCACCUCUAGUUUUUGGUGGGGUUCUUGUUGCUUAUUCUUUAGUUUUCUAUGUUGUGUCAUGUGUUCUAUUGUUUGUCUGUUUGUCUUCUUUAAUUUUUAGCCAGGCGUUGUUAGUUUAUUUUUGAUUUAUGAGUUUGACUGUCCCUCUGGUAUCUUUCGUCUCUCUCUUCUAGCAUAUUUUGACACCAAAAUUGACAUUUUUGCUGAUUAAAAUUGCUGUAUAAAUUGAUAAGAGAAAUAAUACUACGUUUUACAGCUUAAAGAUUUAUAAAAAAAAGAUUGAAUGCUUCAAUGGUGAUAGCAAUACAGAAUCAAACCCCUAAAUAUUUCUAAGUAGUUGAAUUGAUUACUGAUUAUUGUAUCAAAAUGAUAUAAUAUAACAUUAUGUGUAAUGAAAGAUUUCAUAAUAUUAUGCAUGUAUAUAGUAAUAUGUUUGUACUGCAUUAAUUUCGAGUUUGCUUAAAUAUUGUUUUUUAGUUCCUUUUAUUCCUUUGAUAUUUGUUUUGGUACUUAUAAUUUUUUUUUCUUGCAAAUAGCUUGCCUAAAAUGUGGAUUCAUGAUUGAUGAUUAAUGUAUACUAUUCUUUUUAAUGAAAUAUCCU